UUGGAACACCAGAUCGGAGGCAUCGGAGAAGCACAGAGGACUGGACCCGAACCGCUGCAGACAGCAUGAGACUCACGUUGGCCUGGCUCAGCGUCUGCCUGGCGAUUUAUUGCGGCGGCGGGCAUGGCCAUAGCAACGUGGUCCUAUCUUUGCCACAAUCGCUUAUCGCCGCAGCCACGGCCAGGGCCACGAAGGCGGCCUUGAGCCACCAGCACCACCAGCAGCAGAAAAAGGAUGCACGCGUCCUGUUUGGCGGCGGCAGCGAUGCUCUGCGCGAUAUGCUGCACUCUCCUCCGGCCGCGGACUCGGCCAAGAGUGGUCUCCCCGAUGUGGAGCAGCCGCAGCCGUCUGAGGAUUUUAAUCGAAAUGCAGAUGAUUUAGGAGCACGGCCGCCGCAAUCAGCGCCGCAGGAAAUUGCACUCGGCUCGGGAAGCGGGUUGGGAGGUGGACUGGAGGGACUGGGGGCGAGCUAUCGGGCCACACCCACCCACAGAUACUGGAGCAGUCGGUGCCAGGGUCGCCCCAACAACCUGUGUCCGCAGGAGUACUACCGCACCCGUCUGGCAGCAAGGAACAAAGAAGCCCUUGCCCGCCUGCACUUGCAGCUGAGCUCCAUACAGGACCCCUCUUCCGAGGACGCCUCCGACUCCGUGGAGGAGGACGACGAUGACGAGGAUGCGGACGCGGAGGACAACAACGAGGUCUUCAUGCUCCUGACGGGCGAGCAGGACCUGAUCAAGUUCCUGCACUGGGCCAUGCAGCUCCUCUAUCCCUACCAGCAGCGUCCGCCGGGCAACCUCAGCGACGGGGCUGCCGAGAACUACUACCCGGGCAUGUUUCUCUGGAAGAAGCUGAACCUGUCGGGCCACCUUGAGCCACCGCUAAUCGUGGACGAGCCGCAGUACGUCCUGGUGCGCCGGGAGAAGCUCUUCGACGGCUACCAAUGGGGCGAUGAGAUGAGCAAGGAGAACGACCCUUUUAUUCCGCCGCGAGGGCGCAAGCACAACUCUCCGGACCUGGACGCCUUGAUGAACCGGUACGAGCCGUUCGUGCCAAACCGCGGCAAGCGGGACAAGGUCAAGGAUCUGUUCAAGUACGACGACCUCUUCUACCCGCACCGCGGAAAGAAGCACCGCAACCUCUUCCAGGUGGACGACCCCUUCUUCGCCACUCGCGGCAAGAAGCUGCAGCUCCGGGACCUCUACAAAGCCGAUGACCCGUUCGUGCCCAACCGCGGCAAGCGGCACCUUACGGGGGGGAAGCUGUGGUGGCAGGAGGGCAGGGCGGAGGGGCCGGAUGACAGCGACAACGACAACGACAGCAACUGGCCGCAAAGAAUGUCAACGCAUAAAACGAAUGGCUACGAUCAAUCAGUCAGGCCAUCACUGUCACCGGAGGAGUUCGCUCCCUGGCGACUGCCCGCUAAUAGAUUGCACUCGCCGAGAUCAAUGUCAGCCGAUCAGCAGCAACAAUUGCAACUGCAACUGCACCAGCAGCAUGUCCGCUUCAUUGGCAACCCGAACAUGCGCCAGCAGGUGAAAACAUCCUGGAACACGGAGCACCGCCUCCGGCGCUCCCUUCCGGCCCCAGACGAUGGCCACGAGAUACGAUUAACGCAAUCGCCACACGCUAAUCCGGACACUGAUUCCCCCGAUUCGGACAUGUAAAUGGGAGCGAUGGCAGCGGCGAGCGGGCGGUUUUCAGAGAUUUUCGGGCUUGCGAAGAUUCGGUUUUCCCCGGGGCACCUCUGCGCCCCGGCACCUCUUCGACUCAUGUAGACAGAACUAUAGCACACAAUAAACUAAAGUUUGCAAUCGAUUUGAGAA